AGAAGCAGGGCUGGGAGCUGCUGGUUUCUGCUACAGGCAGAGGCUGGGUUACCUUUACCUUCAUGCACCUGACGUGACGUCCGGCUGAGUAGCGUUUGCGGAAGUUUAUCUGCGGAAUUCAGGUUGCGCCAAAGUGUCACUUGUUUCAGCUGCGGUGAAAUUGGGAACCGGAUCAGUCAUUUUAUUAAUAUUGAAAUUGCAAAAAAAAAAAAUUCAAUUUCAUGGGUUGAAGGAGGAUGAGAAGUUUGGGAUUGGGAAAUCGCAAGUCCUUGUGAGGAGAUGACAAGUUGACAAAGCUGUCUGUCCAACUUGCUAGAUUUCUGACUCUUCUGUCACUGUCACUGAAAAACUCGGCGAGCACAAUGUCUCAACGGUAUUCGGACAGUAAGCUGGAAGAAAAAACCCAGGCCUUGAUGUUGGAACAAAAGUUUGGAUCCAACUUCCAGAUUAACUCUGAGUCGGAGAGUUUGACUGACAAGAGUGAUAAAUCUUCACUGCUGGGAGUAGACAACCUAGCACUAGCCAAUGCCAGUUCCAUGCCAUCGCUCUCGGACAUGCCGAAGGUGGUUUUGAGCACGGAUAGUCCAGCUGCAUUGAAGGCUGGGCACCAACAGAUUAUCCCCAGUAAAUUGGCCAUGACCACCAAGACUAAAAUGAGGUCUCAGGGCCCUUCGCCCUCUGGCAAGCGGGACAGUGGACGGAGGGAGGUUCAGAGCAUGCCACCAACCGACUUGCGGUACGAGGAAGGGAGGGACAUGGGCGGCUCAGGUGGGACCCUGCAACGUAAUCGCCGCAACAUGUCGUAUAAAGUGGCAACGGACGGAUUCACCGACAUCACAGAUGAGAAGCAGCUGUUAUCUCCUCCCACGCUGCAACCACUGACAGAAACAGCAACAGUGCAGCCAGCUCGAAGUCCAGCCAGGUCCAAGCGAACAUUAGGAAGAAAGAAAGGACCCAGAAAUCGGAGCUCCUUUAAAGAUGAUCCGAGGCUAUACCAAGAGGUGCGAGAGAGAGGCCUGACCAGUGUUCCUGAAUCGGACGAUGAUUUUCUGGAUGACACCGGACGCUUGGGAUCUACAGAACCAGAUGAGAAGAUCGUGGUUCAGAAUUACCGGCCGGCACAGAUGACGUGGAGCCAGUUACCACAGGUACUAGAGCAAGGGAUUCUGCAGAAACUGUGUGCGGAGGAACGCAAGAGGCAAGAGGCCAUCUUUGAAAUCAUUGUAUCUGAAUACUCUUAUCAGCACAGUCUGAAUGUCCUAAUUGAUAUGUUCAAGAACUCAAAGGAACUACAGAUGACCAUGACCACCACCGAACACCAUCAUCUCUUCUCCAACAUCUGUGACAUUCAAGAGGCCAGUAAGAGGUUUUUUGAUGACCUUGAAAUGCGCCACAAGCUAAACCCAGUUAUCCAUGAUAUCAGUGACAUCGUGGAAUAUCAUACGUCAAGCCGAUUUGAUGCUUAUGUCAUCUACUGCUCAAAUGAAAUUUACCAGCAGAGAACACUCCAGAAGUUACUCAAUUCAAACGUGCAUUUCAAGGAAGCCCUGCAGCGGAUUCAGAGCAAACCGGAAUGUGGAGGCCUGCCCAUCAUUUCCUUCCUGAUUCUGCCCAUGCAGAGGGUGACCCGACUGCCACUCCUCAUGGAUACUAUUUGUCAGAAAACAAACCGUUUUCAAGUGGAAUAUGAUGCAGCUACCAGGGCAUUGAAAGCCAUCAGUAAGCUGGUUAAGAUGUGCAAUGAAGGAGCUCGGAAGAUGGAGCGAACAGAACAAAUGUUCACGAUCCAGACACAACUGGAAUUUGGGAAAAUCAAGGGUUUCCCUCUCAUCUCCACUUCAAGAUGGCUGCUGAAAAGUGGAGAGUUGACUGUGUUUGUGGAAGAAUCUGGAAUCUUCCGCAAAGUGUUUGGAAAGCAAAGUUGCUUCCUCUUCCUCUUCAAUGAUGUGUUGAUUCUUACCCGGAAAAAAAGUGAGGAGAGUUACACGGUGCAGGACUACGCCAAGCUGGAUCAGGUGGAGGUGGAAGCGGUGGAGAGCAGCGAGUUGCCACACUCUCCCCCAGGAAAGGUCACGGGUGGUGGAACCCUCCCUCGCUCUGGCUCCAACACUUGCCUCUUCAAAAUAAUCAUGAAGAAGAACAGUGGCGGUGAAUUGGAGCAAAUUGUAUUAGCUGCAGACUCAGAGAGUGACCGAGCGCGAUGGGUCAACGCCCUCCAGGAGAACCAUGAUGACCUUGUCAAUAAGGAAGGCCUCCCUCAGGUGGAGAUCAUCAAAGCACAUCUGGCCAAGCAGCCAGAUGAGCUGUCACUCCAGCAGACGGACGUAAUAAUCGUUUUCCAGAAGGUUGAUGGUUGGUACCGGGGAGAGAGGAUACGUGAUUGGGAGAAAGGCUGGUUUCCUGAGUCGUGUGCCAGGGUGAUAACCAAUUGCAUCGCAGUACAACGAAACGUCCAGCGAAUGGAGAGGCUGCGGAUCGAAACUGACGUCUAGUUCUUACAUCAGAACCAAAGUUCCACCUGCCCAUGCCAGGGCCCUGGUAUGAUGGAGUCUCGAUUUUAACAAACUGCCAAGGCUGUGGUAGCUGACUUGGUGCCCAGCUUUUGCCACUAUUUGUUGCCACUGGACAGUGUAAUUGUAGCACUGGGGCUGAACGACCCAUUUAAAUGAUCAACGUGGAUUUGUGAGGGUUGAAUAUGUUAGUAAGGGGAGGUUAAGUAAUAUUCUUUAAAACGGAAUUUGGCUGUGAUCACAAGUGAUUGGUAUCCCUGUCUCCAGUCCCUUUCCUGAUGAUUACGCCCUGUCUCUCCCUGUGUGAGUGGCAAGGCACUUUCAGAAAAAUAAGUUGAAAUGUUAUAUAUUUUAAAACGCAGGAUCCAUGUCACUGUGAGGGUUAGGGAGGGGAGGGGAGGGGGAGGGGGUGGUAAAACCCACUGCUACUGAUCUUCCUGUGUAUGAAUUUAACUCUAUGCAGAAGUGAAAUUCCAGCCUUGUGAAAUUAGAUUCAGUUUCAACUUCCAGCAUUGGUGAUUUUUAAAAUUUGUCAAGUUUGAUGUAGAUUGUUGUUAAUCGGUGACCAGUGGGGAUUAUUGCGAUGAUCCAGUUCCAGCAGACCAAACCAUUGAUUGUUCACUCCAGUUAAAUUGGGAUCCUGGUCCACAUUGAACACUGAAGGGUAGAAUUUGAACUGAAAUUGUUCUCUGUGCACAUUUUCUAUGAGAGGGAGGGAGAGUGGGUUUUCCAUCUUUUGCCGUCCCAUUUUCCCUUCCUGAAAUCAAUGAGAAAUAUAAUGGAGCCGGAGUAUAAUGGGUGGCUAUUUCACUAUCACUUGUUUGGCACUGCUGCCCAAGACCUAUUUUAUUCUGUAUACCUUAUGGGGAGAGGGGUUUGGAGUAAAGGAUUCUUUAAUUUUGAGAAGGGUAUUUUUUGAUUUCCCAGUAUAUUUUAAGAAAAUUAACCCGUAAAAGGCAGAAAUUUAGAAGUGCCAUCAGGGCUGAGAAUCUGAAGGGUGUAAACCACUUGAGUAUUGACCUGUUCUGCUGUUGAACGCCACCUCCCACCCCCAGCCAAACCCCACUUUGUUGAGGUUACCAGCUCGUAACUCACCUUCUGCCAUCUGGUGGUCACGCUGGAAUUUGCCAAACAUUUAUUAAUUAAAUGCUACAUAUUCCCAAGAUUGACAGUUUUUAACAAUGUACAAAUAAAUCUUUCUUAUGAUUUUU